AAUACGAUGAGCCUCCACAGUGCAAGGCAGGGCAGGAUACUGUGCUGCAGGCCCCCGUCGACUGGGUGCUUCUGGAUGGCCGGGAGAGCUCCGAUGACCAUGGAAUUGUGCAGUACGAAUGGAGUUUGCUGCAAGGUGACUCAUCUAUUGACAUGAAGGUACCACAACCAGGAACACUGAAGCUGUCUCACUUUCAGGAGGGUGUGUAUGUUUUCCAGCUGACAGUGACGGACACUGCUGGGCAGCGCAGCUCUGAUAAUGUCUCUGUGACAGUUCUUCCCCUGGUUCAUUCAGCAGUAGCCUGUGUCGGGGUUUGCUCUCGUUACCAGUUUAUCUGUGAUGAUGGCUGCUGCAUUGACAUCACAUUUGCUUGUGAUGGAGUGAAACAGUGCCCAGAUGGAUCUGAUGAAACCUUCUGCCAGAAUCUCAGCCCAGGUCGGAAGACAGUGACACACGCAGCUCUUGCCACUACCCAGCAAAGGACUGUAGGACUGACUGAAAAUGCACAUGAAAACUUUUCUGCAGACAACACCCUGAAAGCCCCUGUAAGAAAUCAGCCGCUUCUCUCACUCGAUGCAGGCGCAUCUAAUCAGUCGCUUUCUCAGGGACCAAAGAAGCAAACCAGUGGAUUUGUGCCAGACAGCAGUUCCUCAGGGAAAAGAACUGAUGAGAAAGCUGGAAAUGGCCUAAUUGUGCCGAAGAGAGAUCCACUUGGAGGCAGUCGCCCAGUCCCGGAAACAGGUGCUGUGUUGCCCUUGGCGCUAGGCCUGGCCAUCACUGCUUUGCUACUGCUCAUGGUUGCUUGCAGACUGCGUUUGGUGAGGCAGAAGCUUAAAAAAGCUCGACCCAUCACAUCUGAAGAGUCCGAUUACCUCAUCAACGGGAUGUAUCUCUGAACAUUGGGUUUAGGCUGCUUGUUUUUACCCCUUUCUGCUGUAUCUGUAAACCUCUGCCUGUAAAAAAGGACCAAAAUCUUUACUUAAAUUUUGAG